AUGGAUCGAGAUGGAGCAGGAUCCAUCGGUGGAUCUUGCUACUACUCUGUUCUUGGCAUUCGCAGUGACGCAUCCUCCUCUGAUAUUCGCACCGCUUACCGGAAACUUGCUAUGAGAUGGCACCCUGAUAAAUGGACUCGGAAUCCUGCAACUGCCGGAGAAGCAAAACUACGGUUUCAGCAAAUUCAAGAAGCAUACUCAGUUCUCUCCGAUGAGUCUAAAAGAUCAAUGUACGAUGCCGGACUCUACGAUCCUUUAGAAGAAGAAGAUCAAGAGUUUUGUGAUUUUAUGAGCGAAAUGAUUUCAAUGAUGAACAAUGUUCAAGACGAGGGGGAUAGUUUUGAGGAUCUACAGAGGAUGUGGGUGGAGAUGGUGGGUGGAGAUGGAAUGGGGUGCGAUUUGAAGGAGGAUCAGACGGCUGGGAAGAGAGGAAGAUCAAGUGGAUCAAAAGGCAACGCAGCCAAGCGCAGCAAUCAUCGCUGCUAG